AUGGAUAGCAGUAGUGAGAAUUCGAGUGCUACCGGUAAUAAUGAAAUGCCUUCUCCCCUUCCUCCUCCCCCUCUUAAUACAAGCCAAACUACACAACAUGUACCACCUUUACCUCCCAAGUCUAAAAGAAAGAGACCUAAUAAACAAACUUCUUCCAUGUGGGAUCAUUUCACAAAAAUGGAAGCAAGUGCUAAAGACGGAGCUAGGUGCAAGUGUAACUAUUGUAGCAAGGAUUAUGCAUGUGAUAGUAUUAAUUGUGGAACUAGCACUUUGUGGAAGCAUUUAAGAAAUCAAUGUAAAAAGUACCCGUACAGAGAAGAAAAUAAAGGACAAACCACAUUAACUCUUGUACCUAAAAAUGAUGGGAAGGGAGCCAAUGCUAGUAAUUUUGUGACUACAUUGUUUAGCCAAUCAGCAUGUAGACUAGCAUGUGCUAAGAUGAUAAUUAUGAAUGAGUUGUCAUUCAAAUUUGUUGAGAUUGAGGGUUUUAGACACUUUUGUAGUAUUGCAUGUCCUAAGUUUGAUGUUCCAUCGAGAAUUUUGAGUUUUUGUCAAGUUGCUAAUCAUAAAGGGGAGACUAUAGGAAGGGCAAUUGAAAGUUGUUUGUUAGAGUGGGGGAUUGAUAAAAUCUUCACUAUAACUGUUGAUAAUGCAAGUUCCAACGAUGUGGCUAUUUCAUAUGUUAAGAGAAGACUUAAAAGUUGGAAAUCCAUUGUUUUAGAUGGAAAGCUAUUGCAUAUGAGGUGUUGUGCUCAUAUAAUUAAUCUUAUCGUAAAUGAUGGAUUGAAAGAUAUGAAUGAUUCUAUUGCUAGUGUUCGUAAUGCUGUGAGAUAUGUACGAUCAUCACCUAAGAGAAUGGAAAAAUUUAAAGCAUGUGUGAAGCAAGAAAAAAUUCAGUGUAAGGCUCUUGUUUGUUUAGAUGUAGCUACUAGAUGGAAUUCCACAUAUUUAAUGCUUGAACAUGCAAUUAAAUUUGAAAAAGCUUUCAAAAUUUUAGAGGAAGAGAAAGAGGACUCAGAUUUUGUAGAGUAUUUUAAGGAAGAUGAUCGUGGAAAUAAGAGAUUGGGGCCCCCAAGUGCGUCUGAUUGGUUGGCGCUAAGUGUGUUUAUAAGGUUUUUGAAAGGGUUUUAUGAAACCACUACAAAAAUAAGUGGAUCUUCAUAUGUGACUUCUAAUGUUGGUUAUAAAGAGAUUAACAAAGUUCAAUUUGUUUUGAAAAAAUGGAGCAACAACAACAACUCUGUUCUUAGUUUGAUGGCUAUGAAUAUGAAAACAAAGUUUGAUAAGUAUUGGGAUUCGCUUGAGAAGAUGAAUAAGUUGAUGUUUGUGGCUAUGGUGAUGAUCCUCGGUACAAGUUAA